AUGAUAGUGAGAUCUCUUAACAUAAGAGGGGGAGAUAAUUUGUCCAAGAGGAAGAGGAUCAAUUGCCUUAUUAAAUCAGGUAAUGCUGAUUUAUUUUUUAUUCAAGAAUCUAAGUUAAAAUUAGUGGAAGCUAAUCUUGUUAAGGAAUUGGGGAGAAAGAAAGAGGUGGGAUGGUCCUAUUGUAGUUCUAUUGGUUUUUCUGGUGGUAUUAUUACUUUAUGGAAUGAAUCUAUUUUCAGUCCUGUGUUCUCUUUCAAAGGGGGAGGUUUUCUGGGGUUAAAUUGA